UUAAUGCACAACCUCAGUCAGCAACGUGGAAUCUACGUGUCAAAUGUGAGAAACACCCGACACCUGCACAAACCAAACACCUCAAGAAGCAAAACUGCUCUAUAAAUUUCGUUGCAUUCCUCCAUUUCUGCCGAUCCAUCGCCUCUCUCUUCUCUUUCUCAAUCUUAUCUAUCUAUUUCUCUCCCUCUCUCUACACACACACAACACGUAGUAGGCGGCUUGUCGCCCACCUUUCUCGAUUGUUUCUUACCGUUAUCCCAAAAUCUUCUCGAGUUCAUUUGAUUUCACAAGAUUUUGGGUUCAAACAACUUGAAUUUUUCUUUUUUGUUGUAAAAAUCCGGAUUUUGUUAAAACAAAAAAAUUUAUUAUUUUUUAUUUAUCGAAGAUGAAGGAUAACAAGGGAAACCCAUUGCGUCUCUCUUCCUUAAAUCACAUCUCGCUUGUUUGCAAUUCAGUUGAGGAAUCUACUGAUUUUUAUCAGAACGUUCUUGGCUUUGUGCCUGUUAGGAGGCCCGGUUCAUUUGAUUUUGAUGGAGCCUGGCUGUUCGGUCAUGGGAUUGGGAUACAUCUGCUGCAAUCAGAUGGUAAAGAAAAAAUGCCUAAGAAAACUGUGAUUAAUCCCAAAGAUAAUCAUAUUUCUUUUCAGUGCGAGAACAUGGCGAUGGUGGAGAAGAAGCUGGCGGAGAUGGGGAUUAAUCUGGUGCGGCAGAGAGUAGAGGAAGGUGGGGUGUACGUGGACCAGCUGUUCUUCCACGACCCUGAUGGGUUCAUGAUCGAGAUAUGCAACUGCGACAACAUCCCGAUUGUACCAUUGGCUGGGGAAAUUGUACGCUCGUGCUCGAGGUCAAGGCUCAAUCUGCAGAUGGCGCAGCAGCAGCCGCAGCCGCAGCAGAUCCAUCUCCCCGUGGUACAACCUUAGUGUUAGGUGGGGUUGUACGUCAUCAACACCAGUAGAAAUCCGAUCUGCCCAACCUUUUCUUUUGUCUGCUAGCAACCUUCUUCUCUUUUUGUUCUUGUCUUUUUUCCGGUACUUGGCUGUAAUAAGAUGCUUUAAUAUUACCCCUCUUUUCCAGUUGGGAAUUCCACUUUUA